AUGCUUUGUGCUUUUCCCCGGUAUUUGAGCCGUGUGUCUACACGCUAUCUGUCAUAUGCCGUGAAUGAUGGCUCAUAUUUAGGCGACGCUCUUUCUCGUUCCAUUGAACCAGUCGAACUCAGCUUUGACAAGCAUCAACCUCUGGUACCUUCUCCUGUCCCAAAGUCUCCUUUGGUUUUCCUCCAUGGUCUCUUCGGAUCGAAAACAAACACGCGGACUGUGGCCAAGCAGCUUGCUCAAAAAAUGGAUAGGGAUGUCUAUUGUUUGGAUUUGCGCAACUUUGGACAGUCGCCUCAUUCCGAUCGCCUAGAUUAUCCACUGCUUGCAGCCGAUGUGGAACAUUUCAUUGAAAAGUCCAACUUUGAGAAAAAGCCCAUUUUAGUGGGCCACUCUAUGGGUGCAAAGACUGCUAUGGCUGUCGCUUUGCGUCGGCCGGAACUUCCACAAAUGUUGAUUUCUGUCGACAAUGCUCCUGUUUGCAUUUCUGCUUCUGGCGGGCCUUUUGGAAAGUAUGUACGGCAACUUCGGCAUGCUUUGGAAGUGAAGCGUUACAAGAAUAUCAAAGAAGUGGACGCCGAGUUGGCAAUAGUUGAACCGUCAAAAGAGGUCCGUCAAUUUCUCUUGACAAAUGUGGAUAGAGGAAAGAAAGACGAGGCUUGUACAUCAAAAAUUCCAUUGGAAAUAAUUGGGAAAGCAAUUACUGCUGGAAAUAUUGCAGCAUGGCCAUUCGACCCUACAGUGUGCCGCUGGAGUAGGGGCCCAGCCUUGUUUGUGCGAGGAACAGAGUCCACCUAUGUUCCAGACGAAGUACUCCCGGACAUUGGACAAUACUUCCCCAAUUUCGAGGUUCGUGACGUAAAAGCUGGACACUGGGUUAUCAGCGAAAACCCAAAAGAAUUUAUGGAAGUACUUGAAGAAUUUGUCGCUCGAAAGGAGGACGAAGAGGAUUAA